AUGUUAUUUUUGUGCUCUCACAAAAAGCCAAAAAGUGAAGAUCGGAUAUUAAAGUCUUCAUCGAGUCCUGAAGAUUCGAAGAAAAGUGUUGAAGUUUGUAUGAGUAAGGAGGAGGGCAAAAAAAGUAAACCGAAAUCAAGGUCGAAAUCAAAAUCGAAAGAAAGAAGUGGAAUGCCAAGUGAGAGUUCGGAUAGUAAUAAUAACAAUGUUAUCAGCAAUAAUAAUGUGGAUCAAGAAAAUGAUGAAAAUGAAGCUGAAAAAUCCAAAUCCAAAUCAAUUUCAUCUACAAAGCAAACUUCUAAAAGACAGAAAAGUCGAGAAAAAAGUCGGGAAAAAAGCAGAGAGAAAACCCGGGACAAAACCAAAGAUGCAUCUCGUCGUCGACCGGGUUAUGACAAAAGUUUGAUCGCAAUUCAGGAAGCCGCAUUAGAAGACGUUUUUAAUGAGGAUGGAAGUGUUAAAGCUCCGGAUUCUGUUGCUGCCAAAAAGAAAACUGCAAAAAAUAAGAAAGAUAAAACUGACGAAGAUCGGACUUGUGAAACAGGAAGAACUGUCACAAUAACGAAAACUUGUGAAGAACCGUAUUUUUGA